AUGCAGUUGGCGUGGAAGACGUGGUCGCACUUGGGGAGCAGGCGAAGCGUAUCGCCCCCGUCGAACUCGGAGAGGCAGACGGCGCACUCCAGCGCCCCCUUGCUGAUCUUGUGGUCUUUCACGUCGGCGUACACCAGCAUGGGGAAUGUCUCGAUCACCGCCGGAUCGAGCCCCCUCGGCUGCCGCGCCCCGUGGACGCCUCUACCGGGGGUGUUCAGGUUGAUCGAGAGGUCGCCCCUCUCGGUGCACUGGCGGAUGUAG